AAGGCGCAAACAGUAGACACAAUACACUGCGUACGCUCCUCUCAUGAACUGAAGCCAAGCGGCCCCGGCGUCACGACUCAGAGGGGAAGCAACGGCGGCCAGACCCACGCCGGCUCUAAUGGCGCCGCCCGCCCGGCAGUUCUCACUCCUCUCUCUCUUGAUCCUCCUUGCAGCGGCGUCCUCUGCGGUGGGGGUGGGGGAGGAGGAGUUCACGGAAGAGCUGCUCCUGCGGCCGCUCCCCGACCGCAAGGUGCUCGCCCACUUCCACUUCCGCUCCUCCGCGCCCCCCGCCGCUGCCGCCGGCCGACACCACCAUCUCUUCCCCAAAGCCAUUUCCCAGCUGGUCCGAAAUUUUCAUAUCAGCGAAUUGGAGCUAUCUUUCACGCAGGGAAGAUGGAAUUAUGACCAAUGGGGUGGAUAUGAUCCAAUGUCAACAAAUAGUGCAAAGCCUCCAGGCGUUGAGCUAUGGGCAAUUUUUGAUAUUCCUUUCACCGAGAUCAAUGCUACAUGGAAGAACCUUACACACACAUUGUCAGGCCUGUUUUGUGCGUCCAUCAACUUUUUAGAGUCUUCGACUGCAUUUUCAGCACCUCGUUGGGGAUUUAAAUUGAAUCCAGGCAACCUCCGAUAUGGUGCAUUGCCUCGUGAAGCUGUCUGCACUGAGAAUCUCACACCUUGGCUCAAACUUCUUCCAUGCCGUGACAAAGCUGGGAUUGCUUCUUUGUUAUACAGGCCUUCAAUAUAUAAAGGAUACUACCAUUCCCAAAAGCUGAAGUUAACAUCGUCCCGAUCUGGAGGUAUUAUUCUUGACCAAACUCUCACAGUUGUGUUGCAACCAGAGUCUUUUAGUGGUAAACAGCUACAUUCUACUGAUGGACAACUUCAUCCAAGCUGGUCCAUGGAACACCUUUUUAACAAGAGGUUAUCAGGGAAAUGCCUUGUCUCUAAAUCCAGCAGAAUUUUUGUAGAGAUUGAGAAAGGUAUAGUUGACAAAUCUGGAUCAGAAAUUCUUUGGGACAAUGAAGUCUUCGUACUUUCCACUACCCCAGACAGGGUGCUCAAAGAAAUAGAUCACAUGGAAGUCCAAUCUUCUUCAUUAUAUGAAUAUGAUGUUAGUAACUACAAUGAUGAAAAGCCUUUGGAUGUGGGCAUAACUUGGAAACGUCCUCGCAUAUGGUCUUGCACCCCUCCACCAUAUCAUGCAAGCAGGUUUCUUAUGGGUGGUGGAAACGAAAGAGGGUCUAUUGCUCUGUCAUUCCUAUCCACUAAUCUACAAAAACAUUUGUUCAGCGGCUCAAAUGAUUGCUUGAGGAAGGCUGUAGUUUUCCAGGUCGUUCCAUGGUAUGUUAAGGUCUAUUAUCACAGCCUUGAAAUUUUCAUUGAUGGGAGCAGGAAAGAUAUAUCAGAAGUACUAGACAAGAUUCAUGUCACUCCUUCAGAAGACAAGCUUUCGCCUGGAACUUUGGAGAUGCUGCUAAGGUUUCCUUGCAGCAUGCAAUCAGCUACCCUGACAUUGGACUUUGACAAGGGGUUCCUACACAUAGAUGAGUAUCCUCCUGAUGCUAAUCAAGGAUUCGAUAUUCCAUCAGCCUUAAUUAGCUUUCCGGAGUUUAACUCUAGCCGAACAUACCCUGGAACUGAUCCAUUUUUCGUGUCACCUUUGCUAGAAGACUUCAAGGAAGAUGGUGUUGUGAAAUCAUACACUGAAGUACUGCUUGUUCCCUUGACAACUCCUGAUUUCAGCAUGCCAUACAACGUUAUCACCUUCACUUGCACUGUCUUAGCUCUUUAUUUCGGAUCACUACUUAAUGCUUUGAGGCGAAGAAUUGGUGAAGAAGAGAGCGAAUUGAAGAAAACAGCUGCGAAGCGUGGGCUCAUUCCUCUGUUGCUAGCUAAGCUAAGGGGUAAGAAGAUUGACAAAUCAAACUCAGGAUCCUCGCCUGCAUCUCCAUCAGGGUCAAAGCUACUACUCAAGGUUGUGUUCGUUGCGAUAGUAGCUGUUGUAUUUCAUUAUCUGUCAAAUAGUUGAGAACACUUUUGACCAAAUUCUAAACCACGGCGGUAGAUUUUGUUAGUCUUCUAUAGCCUAUGUAUUACAUGUAGAGGUUCUUACGUGUGGCCAUUUUUUUUCCAUCCUGGCUUCUUGAAAGGAGCAGCCUGUCUCCUUGCGCAUUAUACAUCUUUAUGUUGUGCCGAUUUACAUUUGUCAUAUGUUGAUCUAACAACGUCAUUCAACACUUGAGGUUCUUUCUUAUGACUACCUCCGUUCAAGAA